UAUAAAUACCUUGUUUUCCCACAAUUUUAACUCCAUCGUCAAGUUCCUAGGUUCUCAAUAAGCUCUAAAGCCUCCUUUUGCCUUUCAGAGCUUUGAUCGAUCAUGGGUCACUCAAACGUCUGGAAUUCUCACCCUAAGACCUACGGGCCUGGCUCUCGCGCCUGUCGCGUGUGUGGAAACCCCCAUGCCAUCAUAAGGAAGUAUGGGCUCAUGUGUUGCAGACAGUGCUUCCGUAGCAAUGCCAAGGAAAUUGGAUUCAUUAAGUACCGUUGAAGAAUUUAUAUGGUGUGAAGUAGGAAAGGAAUUUGUCCAAGUAUGAGCUAUUGUAGUAAGGUUUUGGAAUUCAAAGAAAAACUUCUAAGAAAAUGUUUUUGUUGAAUCUAUUAUGGGACAUUGAAGUGUCUUACAAGGAGUACAUUGUUGUUUUUCAAUGAAAGGUUAAUGCUAGCUUGCUAUUAA